AGGAGCCGCCCGCGGCCCGAGACCCAGGGCGCAGCUGGGAGCCGCCGGGCGUGCGCGGUGUGCGGGACGCGGCCCGGCGCAUCUCGGCGGAGCGGGUCCCGGAGCCGCCGGCGCUCAGGAACAGCAAUGUCCGUGCAGGUGGCAGCCCCUGGAAGUGUGGGGCUGGGCCCGGAGCGCCUGAGCCCCGAGGAGCUGGUGCGGCAGACGCGACAAGUGGUGCAGGGGUUGGAGGCCCUGCGAGCAGAGCACCAUGGCCUGGCCAGGCACCUGGCGGAGGCGCUGGCAGGACAGGGCCUGGUGGCUGGCUUGGAACUGCUGGAAGAAAAGCAGCAGGUGGUGAGCCACGCGCUGGAGGCCAUCGAGCUGGGACUGGGCGAGGCCCAGGUGCUGCUGGCCCUGUCCGCGCACGUGGGCUCCCUGGAGGCGGAGAAGCAGCGGCUGCGAGCGCAGGCCCGGCGGCUGGCCCAGGAGAACUCGUGGCUGCGGGAGGAGCUGGAGGAGACGCAGCGGCGCCUCCGGGCCAGCGAGGAGGCCGUGGCCCAACUGGAGGAGGAGAAGAGCCACCUGGAGUUCCUGGGGCAGCUGCGCCAGUAUGACCCCCCUGCCGAGAGCCAGCGGCCUGAAUCCCCUCCUCGACGAGACAGCCUAACCCCCCUGUUCUCCAGCGAGGAGGAAGAGAGGAAAGGCCCUGAGGCAGCGGGGGCGGCAGCGGCUCAGCAGGGUGGCUACGAGAUCCCAGCCCGCCUUCGGACCCUGCACAACCUUGUGAUCCAGUACGCAGGGCAGGGCCGCUACGAGGUUGCUGUGCCACUGUGCCGCCAGGCCUUAGAGGACCUGGAACGGAGCUCGGGCCACUGCCACCCCGAUGUGGCCACCAUGCUCAACAUCCUGGCGCUGGUGUACCGGGACCAGAACAAGUACAAAGAGGCCACAGACCUUCUCCAUGAUGCCCUGCAGAUCCGGGAGCAGACACUGGGCCCUGAGCACCCUGCGGUGGCUGCCACCCUCAACAACCUGGCUGUGCUCUACGGGAAGCGCGGGCGGUACCGGGAGGCGGAGCCCCUCUGCCAGCGCGCCCUGGAGAUCCGCGAGAAGGUCCUGGGCACCGACCACCCAGACGUGGCCAAGCAGCUCAACAACCUGGCCUUGCUGUGCCAGAACCAGGGCAAGUUCGAGGAGGUGGAGCAGCACUAUGCCCGAGCCCUGAGCAUUUAUGAGGCCCUGGGAGGGCCCCACGACCCAAAUGUGGCCAAGACCAAGAACAACCUGGCCUCGGCCUACCUAAAACAGAACAAGUACCAGCAAGCAGAAGAGCUGUACAAAGAGAUCCUGAGCCGGGAGGACCUGCCUGCUCCCCUGGGAGCCCCCAACGUGGGCACAACUGGUGAUGCAGAACAGACCCUCCGUCGGAGCAGCUCCUUCUCCAAGAUCCGUGAGUCCCUAAGGCGUGGAAGUGAGAAGCUGGUCUCCCGUCUCCGAGGCGAGGGGGUGGCAGGGGCAGCCGGGAUGAAGAGAGCCAUGUCGCUCAACAUGCUGAACACAGAUGGUCCAAAGGCUGCUGGGACCCAGGUGAGAGGGGACAGGGGCACCUGGGGCAAGGAUGGAGUAGGAGGCCAUGCUGGCAGGCCCAGAGGCAAGGGAGAGGUGGGUAGGGUCAGAACGGACAGGUUCUAGCUGGGAUAGAGACGGGAGGGACGAGCCAGCAGCGAGGAUGCUAGGGGGUAGGCCCUUGUGGCGACCGAAGCACAGCUGUAUCCUGCCCCUUGCCGAUCCCCUGCCGUGUCCACAGUUCCCCCAUCAGCACCUGAGCGAGGCCGCACGGACCCUCAGCGCCAGCACCCAGGACCUGGGCCCCCGCUGAAGCUGACAGGACAGUGUGGCUGCUGCUUCUCAGAAAGGGGGGGAGGGGACGGCCUUCUGUCUCUCCGAGUUGCCCCCACACCUCCUGGGGGGCACCCUCUGUACGGGGCUUCCCUGCGAUUAAAGGCUGUAGACUUGGAAGCCAGGAA